AUGCAGAUCUUCGUGAAGACCCUCACCGGCAAGACCAUCACCCUCGAGGUCGAGAGCUCGGACACCAUCGAGAACGUGAAGCAGAAGAUCCAGGACAAGGAGGGCAUCCCUCCCGACCAGCAGCGUCUCAUCUUCGCUGGCAAGCAGCUCGAGGACGGCCGUACCCUGGCCGACUACAACAUCCAGAAGGAGUCCACCCUGCACCUUGUCCUGCGACUGCGUGGUGGUGGCAAGAAGACCAAGUGCUGCUUCGGUGAGUGUUCGAAGCGGGCGGUGAUGAUCACGGGCGACUGUCGAUUCUGUGAGCAGAAGUUCUGCGGGGCGCACCGGCUGCCCGAGGACCACGCCUGCCAAAGCAUCGACUCGUGCCGGCAGGCGGCCUUCAACAAGAACAAGAACAAGCUCCUCAACGAGAAGUGCGUGGCCCACAAGAUCUCCAUGUAG